UCCUUAUUCCGAUAAGAAAAAAGGUCCAACAUCAAUGACAUCUGACAUGCCACAUCAUGAAUAUCCACAUAAACCUGAUUAUUUUACGUUGAGGCGUCAGCGCGCGUUUUCAACACCUCUCGCACUUGCUGUGGAUCACGAAACUCUACAUGAUUAUUCUUCUUCUAAUAUUACAUUAUCUUCACGUGCUCAUGACGUAGAAAGCAUAAAUUCUGUAAUAGAUACAAUCACUGGGCACAUUCUUUUGUGUGAUUACUCUCAGACGACUUUUCCACGCAAUCUUGAUUGCUUUGUCAGUCCAUUGCGUAAACCUUAUUUAGAAAAAAUUACACCGAUUGUGAUUUUGUCACCUACAAGGCCAACCCAGAGCCAAUGGAAAAUACUAUGUCAAUUUGAUCAAGUAUAUUUUGUGCAAGGAAAUCCCAUGAUGCGAGAGGGUUUGGACUGUGGGCGAGUGAGAUUCGCAAAACAAGCGGUUAUUUUAGCAGACUCUACCAGAUUGUUGAGAAAUGGUGAAAAGACAGAGGAUGCAUCAGCAAUGUUAGUAUUUUUAAACAUUAAAGCAAUGUGUAAAAAAAUUGAU